AUGCUGUUAUACUUUGCAAUUUCGAGCAAACAACUGUAUACUCUCGACGCUCAAUUGCUCAAUUUGCCACUUACUCUCGGUUCUCCAUGCAUAGCUCAUGUGCUGGACGGGUCCGAAGUAUCGUCCCAGCGUAACAACAUGACAGCCAGCAUAGUCUUGCGGUCGAACCAGAUGCGUAAUCACGGGUACGGCUCACUUGCACUCAUUUCAUGUCAUUUCAAUUGA